AUGGCUGGUGCACCAUCUCUUAUCACCUUCCCUGUUCGGCGAGGCGAACGCCAGCUCGUGGGCCCCGCGAGGCCAACGCCCUACGUCUUCAAGAUGCUCUCUGACAUCGACGAUCAAGACGUCCUCCGUUUCUACCGAUCCGGCAUCUUCUUCUACCGCAGCAACGCCUCCAAGGCGGCCCUUGACCCCGUGAAGGUCAUCAAGUCGGCAAUCGCGGAGGCGCUCGUGCACUUUUACCCUCUCGCUGGCCGAUUACGCGAGCUGCAGCCCACGAGGAAGCUCGUGGUGGAAUGCACCGGCGAGGGGGUCGUGUUCGUAGAGGCGGAUGCAGACGUCCGGAUGGAUGACCUUGGAGACUCCCUGGCUCCGCCCGUGCCGUGCUAUGAUAAAUUGUUGUGCGAACCUGAGAGUCCAACAGCAUUUGUUGUCGACCGUCCUCUGAUCUAUGUUCAGGUGACCCGACUGAGGUGUGGUGGCUUCAUCUUUGGGUUCCAGAUAUGCCACUGCAUGGCCGACGGCAUGGGGAUUGUUCAGUUCCUGACUGCACUAACCGAGUGUGCACGCGGCGUGCCUGGAGCGCCGAUCGUGCGACCAGUGUGGGAGCGCGAGCUCCUCACGGCGAGCUGGCCGCCGGAGAUCACACACGAUCACCAGGAGUAUGCUCCCCUCCCCAAUCCUGGAAAAGACAUGGUUACCCCCAGUGACGUGUUCGCGCACCACGCCUUCUUCUUCGGGCCCAGCGAGAUCGAUGCGAUACGGUCGCAGGCCCCGCCCACCCUGCGCUCCACCGCCUCGCGGUUUGAUCUCGUCGGCGCGUUUAUGUGGCGCUGCCGCACCGCGGCGCUGGGGUUCGACCCUGACGACGCUGUCCGCUUGCACAUAUUCGUGAAUGCGCGCGUCAGAAACCGGAGCCGCCGAACGGUACCGACGGGCUAUUACGGCAACGCGUUUGCAUUCGCGGCAGCGUCCGCUCCAGCCGGGGAGCUAUGCCGGAGGCCCCUGGGCUAUGCGCUGCAGCUGCUCGUGGAAGCCAAGGCCCGGGCGUCGCAGGAGGGGUAUGUGCAGUCGGUGGCCAGCUUUAAUGCGGCGCACAGGAGGCCGCCGUUCCCCAAGGCGCGGACUUACCUCAUCUCGGACGUUACUCAAGCGGGGUUGCUGGCGGUGGACUUCGGCUGGGGCAGGCCGCUGUACGGAGGGCCGGCGACCACAAUGCUGGCCACGUUCCACCAGGAGGGGAGGAAUGAAGCUGGUGAGGCCGGCAUUCUGGUGCCGAUAAGGCUGCCAACUCUAGCUAUGGAGAGGCUAAAGCAACAGUUGAGGAAGGAACUUUUAGCUUAUGUUGCCAUAAAAACUGCGGACAAGAUAGACUCAAACUUGGUCACUGGUCCCAAUCUGGCAAAACUGUAG